AUGGUCGAGAUUCGCAAGUCAAGGCCCACCGUGUAUCCGGAACUGGAUCGGUAUCGAGAGUUUCGGCGACCGGAAUAUGAACGGCAGCCCGUUGACGUGCCGUUUCGCCUGGCAACGCACGAUCUUCCGCCACCGACGCCGGGGUCGGCCGUUUUCUCGGGAAGCAGCAGCCAAAUCAGCGCCAUCAGCGGCAGUCCUUCGACCAAGUACUCCGAGUCCCCCGGCCCGGGCCCGUACAGCCGCGACACGACGCCCACCUCGAUGUCCUCGCAGUCGCCCGUCCUGGUCGCGCCAAUCCGAGUCGCGGCCCCUCUCAGGCUCCGACAAAAUAGUCCUGCCGUCUCGCGGCCGCCCGUCACCCGGAGGAGGGCGGGAAGCACAGGCAAGCCUGCCGAUGUGGACCAAGGGCUAGCAGCCGUUAGAGAGUCCAUGGCUUCUUCGUCUUCCAACUCGACAGUCCGAGACGGCGACAAGAACAAGAAGCGCGACAAGAAGCCGCGGCUGCCACCACCACCCCCAAGCCCUCCGCCGCGAAAGUCGUCACAAAAGUUUCGCAAGAACAAGGACACAUCACCCCAAUCGGAAAGUGGCAGCACGAGAAAUGAUGGCGGAUCACGUGGGCGCGGAACCUCCCCGAAAGCCGGUCCGCCGCCUCGUCCGAGCCGUGAAGGCACUCCGGACAUGCAAUCGCAGUUGUUCGAGCCAAUUCCAGUAAUCCAGAGCAACCUUCUUCCGUUGCCGCGGGAGAGGCGUGGGAGCGAACCGGCCACAAUUCGGUCCUUGCCAGGGUCGUCAACCUCGCUGCCGCAGAUUAACAAGAACGCAUCCACUUCACAUCUGCCGACUGCAACUGAGCCACGACCUCGACCGGCUCAGAAGCAAGGGGGUUCCAACUCCCGAUUCCUGUUCUUUGGACGCAAAAAGACGCCCGCCGACGUCGAUGCUAAAGGCGUUCGCAAGGGACCCGUCGCUGGUACCGGUCAUGAGGGAUAUGGAAGGGUUGGUGCUGUUCGGCGGCGAAGCGCUUCGAGGAGUGAUCCCAAAUCUUCGCAAGACAGUCUUGUCAGCGACUCGUUCUUGGCAGACCGCGUCAACCCGGUAGUGAUUGCGGGCGGCGAGAUCGUGGAAAACAGAAACCCCAGCGCCGAGCUGGCUCGUGUUGACAGCAACCAAAGUGCCCCAGCCCGGCCCAGCACGGAUUCAAAGGCUUCUGCGGGCAACCCGGCACGAACAACGCUUUGGCCAUCUGCUUUGCCUCGCGGUGCUCGGCGGCCCUCGGACAGCAGCAGCACGGACAGCGUCGCGAUGCAGUCAACUCUUGCCUUUCGUAGGUCUGUCCAGCGUCUGCGUUCGCCAGAUGAUCCGUUGAAGCUGCCUCAGCCCAUCAUGACGAAUGGUGGUCCCAUGUCCUCGCCCAUGACGAGCUUCGACACAAGCAUCCUGUCGGAAGAGUCGCACUUGGAGAUGCAGAAAGAAAUCUCACGCGAAAGCGAGGCGCCCAAGAAACUGCAGAAGAGGCCGCGGUCUCCUCGCAAAUGGAACCUCUUCAGCCGGUCGCAACGGUCACAGCGCCCGAAGCCGAAGAGCGAACCCGUCGAAGCCGCAGUCGUCUCGGUGGAGAAGAAGCCAGUUCCCUUUUACGCGAUGAUGGAGUCGGAGCAGGAGGAGGAUCUGGACGUCCAAGAGGUCUUGCGCCGUGCAGACGUGUAUGCUGCGUCACCAGUCAUGCCGCAGCAACCAGAGCCGCUUAAUAUUGCACCAAAGGCACCCGCGCAGCAGAUUCUUAUCGACGGUGUGAGCGGCGCGGAAGCGAACAUCGGCCAACAGCAUCCAGUUCCUAGCAUCGCGAGGCCCAGCAGGCUGCCUCAGGUCGGGCGCAUCCCGCAGGUGGUCAAGCAGCGCACAGAGCCACAGAGCUUCUCCCGUCCGUUUCGCGCCAGCAUGCAGAUGCCGCCAGUGGUGAUUCCCGUCUACGACCCUGAGUCAAUCGCCAAAGGCCCGACCCCGCCGAGGCCCUCGACACCGGUUUUCGACGCAGGCAAUGCUCCCAAGGACCCAUCGAAGCUGUCUCCGGAAGUGACGCGCGGCGAACGAGAGUUCCUUGCCUUUUCCCCUCGCAAGAACUCUGAUGUCACCAUCGGAACGAGCUCAAGUAGCUCCGGACCUUCCUUUACGGCGACGGCUAUCAUCCCGAAGCCUGAUGAUCCGCCCGCCGAAGACGAGGUUUGGGACGAGUACAAUGACCUGCUCGGCGACGACAAGGUGCCACAGUCGGCGACAUCUUCGAAAGACCCUUUCCACUUGGAGACGUAUCACGCCAAGCUCGCCAAAGACAAGCCACUCGACUCUCCCGUUGUUCCAGAGGGCCGCAAGGAGCCGCAGUCCAAGGCCACGAGCUCGACGUACAGCGCCGACAUGACUGAGAGAAUCCGCAAAGCCUUCCAGCCUCAUCCAAGUCCAGCUGCAAUAGACGUCAAGCCGGAGUCAAAGCGCACUAGUGCUUCUUCAGGCAGGACCGUCUUUUCGGAUUGUAGUGCGGCGACGGAUGACGCUUCACCCUUGGCGCAGGUCAACCUUCGAGUGGGCUCCAUGACGGUGAGCAAGUGGCUUACCUUUGGGCAUGUGCUGUUUAGCGACAUUCGCCAUGAGCUUGCUGGCAAAGAUGCGCCGAGACAAUCGGUCGUUGUCAUAGACGGCCUCGGUAACGACGACUGGUCUUUCUAUGCCGCCGAGACAUAUCCUGCCGCGUCCUUCUACAACCUCUCCCCACGCGCGCCGCUGCCAGCUCCGGCGCAGUCGCCGACGGGUUUUCCUUUGAGCCCGCCAAACCACCAUCAGGUGCAGUACAUGUCCCAUAAGGACAAGUUCCCUUUUGCGCCGCAGAGCUUCGACUGCAUGGUGUAUCGGUUCCCCGCCGCCGGGUCGGAGGCGCAAUAUCGCAACAUUGUCAACGAGGCACGCCGUGUCCUCCGGCCCGGGGCGUUCAUCGAGCUGUCCAUCCUCGAUGUCGACCUCAACAAUAUGGGGAAUCGUGGGAGGCGCACGGUGCGGCGUCUCAAGGAGCAGAUUCACGAGCGAGCCAACGACACGAGCCUGGCCUCCACCGCGGACCUCAUGGUCCGCCUUUUGGGAAGGGCGGGCUUCACCAACAUCAGGGCCGCCCGCGUCGGUGUCCCGGUCGCGAGCUCCAUCACGCGAGCCGAGAGCAAGCCAACGGAUGCGAAGUCCAAGGAUGCGAGCCUCGCCGACAUGAUGAAGGACAAUAGCCCGAUGGCGGACGCAAGCAUCACCAAGAUCGUGACGCGCGUGGGGCGCUGGUGGUAUACGCGCUGCUACGAGAAUGCGGCCGGACCUGCCAAUAGCAUUUGGGCCGACAGGGCUCUGCUCGCCGAGUGCGAGAACUUUGGUACCAGUCUGAAGCUGACGGUGUGCUGCGCUCGUGCGCCCGACCGCAUCGCCAGCAUUUGA